CUGAAAUGAAACAUUUUUGUGUUUGGUAUUUGAAAGAAUUCAUUUCCAAUUCUAAAUUUUAAAUUCUAUGGAAUUGGAACUAGUUGUAGCAAUUCCGAGGAAUUGAGAUGGAAUUGCCAAAUGAAUUCCACAAGUAUUUACUAAUUAUAAUAGAAUGACAUAAUUAUCCUCUUUUAUUAACUAAAUCACUUAUACAUAUACAUACCAAACACAAGAAUUCAUUUGACAAUAAAUUCUACAUGACAAUUCGUUUUAUUUGAAUAUGACGUACCAAACACAAGAUUUCAUUUGACAAUGAAUUCUACACGGUAAUUCAUUUUACAAUGAAAUGAAUUCUCGAUUCAUUUGGUACCAAACGGCCUGUUAGUGAGAGACUAUCUUUUCCUUCUUAUUUUUCUUCAGAUUUUAGAGAGAGAAACUGACAAACCAAGACCUAACACCCAAAACCUAACCAACUCCUCACCCUUUUUGGCCUCAGCCCACUCAAACCCCCAUAAGUUCGAUAUAAAAUCAAGACCUGAUUAGGUCCGGACCGAGUCAAGACUAGACCAGGUCAAAAUGGACUGUAUCCAAUCAAAUCUUCGGUCCUCAUAUUCUCGAAAAGACCGGACUGUGACCGAAUCAAUCUAGGCCAAUUUAACCUGACCGGACAGUAUAGCCACCCCUACGAUUAAGUCAUCAAACUUUCAAAAUAUUGUAAGAGCUAAUUAUAGAUUUAUUGAAGUAGUAAUCAAGAUAACUAGUAAUAAUUCCUUAGUUAUACAAAUAGCGAGAUUAAUUUUGUUAGCACGUAAUGAAUUAAUUUGAUUAGUUAGUUAAAUUGAUAUGAUUAGUAAAUGAGUGAAUUUAUUAGUUUAUUAAUUUGGUUAAUAUACCUUAUGAUAUGCUUAUCGAAUCUUGAAUUAAACUACAUAUAUAGGUUUAUUUUAGCACAAUUAAUUUUCCAAUGACAUAGAUUGACUAAGACCUUAAAUAUUAGAUUUGAGUUAUGAUCAUGUUAAAUUAAUUGAGACAUAAAUAUACCAUACUUUGCACAUCUUGCAAAGUAGUCACAAGUCGAGAAAGUCGUCACUAAGAACCCAAAACUCAAAUCAACCAAGUCAAGGGCAUCAACCUUCACAUUGUAAACUUCUUGAAUUAAUAAGGUGGUUAGUUUAAAGGGGUUAGUUAGUAUUUCGCUUUAUUUGUCUAAUUAUGACAUUUAAUUAAGUUAUUUAUUUACGUUGUAGUUUUAUAUUUACGUUUAAUAUAAGUUUAUUUAUGUUUAAUAAGCAUGGCAAUGCAUUUCAUCAUGAAGUGAUGUUUUAAAGCAAGAAGAUACAAAUAUACGUUUUAAGCAGGUUUAUGACUUACGUUACAAGUUACCAAGUUAUCAAGUAAGAACAUGUUUUUAACCACUCACUUAACUAGCGGGUUGGAUCUAGUCCUUAAGCCUAAAAGUUAAGGAGUUUCUUAAAUUUUCGUUAGCCAAUAAGAAUAGGAGAGAGAAAAUUUGCAUCUAACUACGUAAAAGGAUAAAUAAGGUAUUUUGAUAAAAUAAUUAAUGUAAUAAUUAACAAAAAUUAAGGAAAGAAAUUGAACAUUGCCGCAUGCAUUCCCCUUCCCUUCCCCGCAACACAACUACCCACAUAAAUUAAGGAGAAAAUUAGGUUCUUUCAGCAACCACGCUUUCAUAAGGGCUAAGAUCAUGUGACUAAGGAGGGGGUCCUUAGUCAUGUGACUAAGUGAAUCUCAGCCCUUCCCCCUCAUUAAAAUCCAAUGGCUGAGAUUAAUCUCUUUUAAUGAAGGAUAUGAUAGUAAAUACAUAAUUUAUUUAUUUAGCAAUUAAAUUAAACAAAAAUAAAACCUACCUAGCGCCGCUUCCACCGACGUUCCUGGGAAAUUCUUCCGGACGGGCGACGGCAAUCUCCCGACACCCAGCGCCGGCGGUCCUCCUUUUCCUUCCAGCGGCCGGUCCAUUUUUAUGGGAUUUCCCCAUUCCCAGCACGAGAGAGAGGGGUCAAUUUUAUGUGGACUUUUCCCCAUUCUCAUUCCCAGCACGAGAGAGAGAGAGAGAGAGAGAGAGAGAGAGAGAGAGAGAGAGAGUUCUUGUCAACUUUUCCGGCGACGGCGGAGCAGUUUUCCGGCGACCAGAGACGGUGGUGGAUGAUUUUCCGGCAACAGUAUUGAGUUCGUGAUGUUUGUAAUGUUUAUAUUACUAUUUUGUAUACAUUGUAAUGUUUGUAAUGUUUGUUUGUCUAGUUUGUAUACUUUAUGUUAUGAUUUAUACACUUUCUAUUCAUUGAUUUGUAUUUGUAACUUUUGUUAUUCAAGUUUGUAUACUUUUAUGUUAUGAUUUGUAUACUUUGUAUUCAUUUGUUUGUAAUACAAGUUUACCAAUCUGUAUUGUAAGUAGUGAUAUUCUGUACGUGUAGUAUGCUUUGUAAUGUUUGUUUGUAAUGUUUGUAAUGUUUGUUUGCAAUGUUUGUAAUGUUUGUAAUGUUUGUUGGUUUCUUUUGUAUUGUUUGUAAUGUUUUGUAAUGUUUUGUAAUGUAGUGAUAUUCUGUACGUGUAGUAUGCUUUGUAAUGUUUGUUUGUAAUGCUUUGUAAUAUUUUGUAUACAUUGUAAUGUUUGUAAUGUUUGUUUGUCUAGUUUGUAUACUUUAUGUUAUGAUUUAUACACUUUCUAUUCAUUGGUUUGUAUUUGUAACUUUUGUUAUUCAAGUUUGUAUACUUUUAUGUUAUGAUUUGUAUACUUUGUAUUCAUUUGUUUGUAAUACAAGUUUACCAAUCUGUAUUGUAAGUAGUGAUAUUCUGUACGUGUAGUAUGCUUUGUAAUGUUUGUUUGUAAUGUUUGUAAUGUUUGUUUUGCAAUGUUUGUAAUGUUUGUUAUUUUGUAAUGUUUGUAGUGUUUGUAAUGUUUGUUGGUUUCUUUGUAUUGUUUGUAAUGUUUGUUAUUUUUGUCCACGUGUUUGUCAUUUUUGUCAAAUAUGUUUGUAAUGUUUUUUGAAUCACAAAUCAAUACAUAUAAAGUAUACAAAUUAUUAGUACUUACAAUACAAAGCGACGUGAUUUGCAGCACAAAUCAAUACAUAUAAAGUAUACAAAUUAAUAUUACAAAACAUACAAACUAUACAAACCAUACUUACAUUUUGUACAAAAAUACUAACAAUACAAACUAAUGUUACAAAACAUACAAACUAUACAAAUCACUGUUCUUCCUUCAGACGAUGUCUCUCCACCGCCGCCGCCGCCGUCGCUGCCGCCGACUCUCUCUACAGCCGUCGUUACCUCUGUUUUCCCGGCAACAUAUCUACUUUCUCUCUCUUCCACCGCCUCCGUCGCGAUCGUCUUUCCCUCUCUCCAUCGUCGCCGACGCGGUUGAGAUCUCCUCGCCGUCGCCCCCCUCUCUUCCACCGUCGACGUCCUUCUCUCCCCGCUGCUGCUUUUCUCUCUCUCUCCUAUGGCCUGCAAUGGCGACGUAGAAGAGGAUGACUGGAGGAAAAAUUGCGAUCUCCUUUCCCUCUCUCCACCGUCGUCGGCGCCGUCGAGAUCGUUGACUUUCUCUUUCUCUCUCUCAUCCGCCGGCGUUGCCUCCUGUUUCCUCCGCCAUGGCUCUCUCUCUCUACAUCACAAAAAAGGGAAACUAAGAGACGUGUUGUAGAGGAAAAAAGAAUUCAAUAAUAAAUAAAACAAAACUAAAAAAUAGGAGUUAAUAAAUUAUUGAUAAUACCAAAACUACCCUUCUUAUUUAAUAAUAAUUAAUUGAGUUAUCUGGACCAUCAGAUCAAUCCAAUGGCUGAGGGGGGCUUAGUCAAGUGACUAAGGAACCCCCCUUAGUCACCAGAUCCGGACUCCUUUCACAAGACGUUCCGUUGGAUGGUCCUUGAGAGUUUGUGAUAGGUUUGUCAAUAAUGAUCUUUCAAAUAUUCUAAACUAUUGUAGAAAACGUUAAUAAUAAUUGCAAUGUAUUGUUAAUAUUAUAUGACAUAAACAUUGAUAACGUUAAAUUAAAUUGCUCUCAUCGGUUGUCUAAAAAGCCUUAUAAGUUUUGAUAACAUUAUGUUUCAAUCUUACCAAUUAUUUAAAAAUGUUAAUAAUAUUGAUGAAAUGUUGACAUAAUAUAAAUGUAUAUUGCUAAUGAUACAUGGUGUAAACGUUGAUAAUGUUACAAUACAUAGUUAACGUAUGUCUAAGAAAAUGUUUAUAGUGUAAGCAUUGAUAAUGUAAUGCCUCAAUCUUAACAAAAAUUUUAAAAAUGUUAACAAUUUAGAAAAUAGUGACUAUUAGUGGCCAAAAAAAUUAUUUAGUAAACGUUGAUAAUAUGACUGUAUAUUGUUAAUAAUGCCUCACAUAAAAGUUGAUAAUGUUACAUUACAUUGUUAACAACUGUAUAAAAAUGUUAAUAGUUUGAGCUUUGAUAACGUUAUGUUUCAAUAUUAACAAAAAAAAAAUUAAAAUCUUUGACAAUCUAGAAAUGUUGAUUGUUCACAGUCAAAAUAAUUAUUUUGGAAACGUUGAUAAUAUGACUGUAUAUCGUUAAUGAUAUCCCACAUAAACGUUGAUAACCUUACAUUACAUUGUUAACAAUUGUCUACAAAACGUUAAUAUUAUUAGCUUUGAUAACAUUAUGUUUGAAUAUUUACAAUUUUUUUAAAAUAAUUAAUAAUUAGAAAGAUGGUUAUUGUUAACAGCCAAAUAAUUAUUUUGGAAACGUUGAUAAUAAUGUGGUAUAUUGUGGAUAGUUUAAAGCAUAAGUAUUGAUAAUGUCUUGUAAUUGCUAAAUAGGAAUGAACAUGAAAACAUUAA